ACCGGCUCUGAGCAUACAUUUUGGAAAAAAUGUUAUGUAUGGGAUUGCGGUUUGGGGCGAGACGUUACUUGAGCUACAAAGCCGUCCGUCGCCCAAAUCUUAGCGGCACAGGCCGAAAGUUGACCGCGCCUAACAUUGAAGAGGACCAAAAUCAAAAAGGUGUUGGUUGUUUGACCAAACAGCUUAAAGCUAAAAUUUUGGCGACGGGUCCCAUAACUGUUGCGGACUACAUGCGAGAAGUGCUGACAAAUCCACAUGCCGGCUAUUACAUGAAUCGCGAUGUUUUUGGUCUCGAGGGUGACUUUAUAACAUCGCCAGAGAUAUCACAAAUAUUCGGGGAGCUUGUGGGUGUCUGGUUGCUAAAUGAAUGGCGCAAAAUGGGCAGCCCCACGCCUUUUCAGAUUGUGGAGCUGGGCCCGGGGCGUGGAACAUUGGCACGCGAUGUGCUUAAGGUGCUAGCCAAAUUCAAAUUGGGUACUGAGUUUAGCAUGCAUUUGGUUGAGAUCAGUCCGUUUCUCAGCAAGGCACAAGCGCAACGAUUCUGCUAUACCCAUGAUGAGGUACCAGAUGCAGCAAAGCAGCCGUACUACCAGACAGGCACCACGGCCACAGGUACUAAGGCAUAUUGGUAUCGACAUCUGGAGGAUGUGCCACGGGGCUUCUCACUGGUCUUGGCUCAUGAGUUCUUCGAUGCGUUGCCCGUCCACAAGCUGCAACUUGUCAAUGAUCAGUGGCAAGAAGUGCUAAUUGAUGUGGCGGAACAUGAAAAUGAGAAGGUCGACUUCCGCUUUGUUUUAUCCAAAUCCCAGACACCUAUGUCACGUGUUUUUCAACCGCUACCCCAAGAAACGCGUACGUGCCUGGAAUAUUCACUGGAUACAGAACGUCAUGUAGGUUUAUUGGCGGAGCGAAUUGAACGUGACGGUGGUCUAGCUCUGAUCAUGGAUUACGGGCAUUUUGGUGAAAAAACUGACACAUUUCGUGCUUUCAAGCAACAUGCGCUGCACGAGCCGUUGUUGGCGCCGGGCACUGCGGAUUUGACGGCUGAUGUGGACUUUAAGCAUAUCAAGCAUGUGGCAGAAACUCAUGGCCAUAUUUAUUCCUGUGGGCCAGUAGAGCAGGGCCAAUUUUUGGAACAUAUGCAGGGCAAGCCGCGACUAGAGCAAUUGUUGGCACAUGCACUGCCAGAAAAUCAAGACAUUAUUCGCUCUGGUUACGAGAUGCUGACAGAUCCUAAGCAAAUGGGCAGUCGCUUUAAGUUUUUUGCAAUGUUUCCGGGUGUAUUGGCGGAGCAUCUGAAAAAGUUUCCGGUAGCCGGCUUUACUUAGGUUUACUGAAAACUGUUUUGUCCAUAUUGUUAAAACAAUUUUUCUCGUAUUUAUUCGUUAAUAAUUAAAAAGCUAAUAAUGCUAAUUUUUGUAAACACUG